AUGGGCUCUUUUUCAGAUUCGUACAGUUCUUCAGAUACAUGUAACAAAGAAACAAGUAAUAAGCAGAAUACACUUUCAAAUGUAAACAAUGAUAAUUUUAAUGUUGAAAAUGACAGUGUCAAUGCAAACCAAAAAAAUUUGGAAAGUAGUGAAGUAAACAAUACUACCAAUAACUUUGUAAUUAAAGCUUCUUCUGAGAACUUUAAAACUAAUGUUAGAGUGCAUAAUCCUCCUGGUGGAAAAUCUACAUUCUCGUUAUAUUAA